AUGUAUGAAGAUGAAGAUGAGGGGCGAAAACGGAGACGAAGACGCGGCGGCACAUCCUGCGGCUCCUUCAACUUGUCAUUGCGUCGGGAACUGAAUGUGGCCAGCACCACAACAUCAUCAGCAGCCACAGCAGCAUCCGCAGCCGCAUUAGCAACAAAUUGCUCGUCGUCAGCGACGAGCAUUACGACACCAACCGGCACUCCACCAUUGCCGCCGUUGCCCAACACUUUUAUUGCGAUCAAAACGAAGAACGAUAAUGGCAGCAAUCACAGCAGCAACAGUCUGACAUUGCACAGUGGCAGCAAUAGUUUCAAAUCGAAUGGCAACGGCAGCAGCAACAGCAACACACACCGACGAUCACCGAAUGCACAACAGCAACAGCAACAACAACAACAGCAACAACCACCGCCUUUACCCAUGAAAAAUGGAGCCAAACAGCAACAACAACACAACUCCGAUUCGCAUUAUCAACACUUGAACUACAACAUGACGCAUCUGCAACACUUUAAUUCGCUCGAUCAUCAGCAGCAACCACAUCAAUUCCAUGCUGUGCGCAGCAACAAUACGCUCGAUCGGAAGCAACUCAAACAGCAGCAGCAACAAACGGAUGUUGGAAGUGAUUAUUGCACUCAGAUCAAUCCGCAUUAUUUGCAGACCUUCGACAGUCUCGAUCCCGAGCAUUAUAGCGUGGCAAAUCUACAUUCGCAUCCGCAUACGCAUCGUAGCCAGUCAAAGUCACAGAUCUAUAGUUACGGCAGCAGCGGUACCGCCAGCGAUACGUCACAGCAGCAACAUCAGCAGCAGCAUCCACACUAUCACAGCAGCAGCAACAUAGCACACAUUGAGCACCACUAUCAACAACAACAACAACACAACAGCCACCCUCACCAACAGCAACAGCAGCAGCAACAACAGCAACAACACUCACACCACCAACACCACAGUUUGAAGCACACAAAACAUAGCAAGGGUCACAAGAGCAAGCAUAGCUCUAAGAAUAGCAAGUCGCAAGAUGACUUUAAAGCGCUGCACAAGCAGCAGCAAAAGUGCAGCAACAGCAGCAGCGGCAACAACAAGCAGCAACAGCAACAACAACAACAGCAGCAGCCACAUUUGAAACGCAACGGCAACAAUCAAUUGCUGUCACAGCAACCGCCACAACAGCACUAUUCCAGCUCCAGUGAUAGUUUACCAUUUGAUAAUAACUAUUAUUAAAGCACACAACCAGAAGCACACACACACACUUACAGACCACCAAUUUAAACACACACAUACUCACCUCAAUUGUUGUCUCAGCUGCAAAAUUGUUGUUGCCGCACAUCCACAUCAAUUGCACCCACAUACACACAAACGCAUACAAACACACACAUGCACACUUACGCCCACUCAAAUGCAAUUUUCGAUUUGAUUAUCAUUUAAGUUGUGGCAUUAAAAUCGUAGCAUACUUUGAAGCGCCAAAACAAUUGCGUAUACGCAACAGCUUGAACAUCAACAAUUUGUAGCAUACUUUUGUGCGCCCCGAAUAAUUGCGCUCUCCAUACACACACAUACAAACACGCACACACACUGCUGCUCUGUGCUGUGGGCAGCUCGGUUUUGUGUUGUUGUUUUAUUCAAAUAUUUCACAACAAAAAACCAAAAAUCCAAUACCAGAAAAUAAUAUAUAAAUAUAUAAUAUUA